AUGCCCAACUUCACCGCGCCUUCCAAGCCAAAUAUAGGAGUUUAUACCAACCCAAACCAUGAUCUCUGGGUGGCAGAAGCCCAACCAUCUGUUGAGGAUGUGGCCUCUGGAAAGAGCCUGAAGCCUGGCGAAGUCACGAUUGAGGUCCGAAGCACAGGUAUUUGUGGCUCCGACGUCCAUUUCUGGCAUGCCGGCUGCAUAGGACCCAUGGUCGUAACGGACAACCAUAUCCUCGGCCACGAGUCCGCCGGCACAAUCCUUGCCGUCAGCCCUGAGGUCACCUCCCUAAAGCCCGGCGACCGCGUCGCCAUCGAGCCUAAUAUCAUCUGCAACGAGUGCGAACCAUGCCUUACAGGUCGUUACAACGGCUGCGAGCAUGUGCGCUUCCUAUCCACACCACCCGUCGACGGACUGCUUCGCCGCUAUGUCAACCACCCGGCCAUCUGGUGCCAUAAGAUUGGGGAUAUGGACUUCGAAGACGGUGCACUACUGGAGCCGCUUAGUGUGGCGCUCGCGGCGGUUGAGCGGGCUGGUUUGCGGCUGGGCGAUGCUGUGGCUGUGGCCGGGGCAGGACCGAUUGGUCUUGUUACGCUACUCUGUGUGCGGGCGGCGGGGGCUACUCCUAUUGUCAUCACGGACAUUGAUGAGGGACGGUUGAGAUUUGCGAAACACCUGGUGCCGGAUGUGCGGACGUAUCGGGUGCGGUUAGGUGAUUCGCCUGAGACGACGGCAGCUGGAAUCAUAAACGAAAUGAAUGAUGGGGUGGAAUGUGAAGCUGAUACGCUACGGCCGUCACUUGUGAUUGAGUGUACGGGCGUUGAGAGCAGUGUUGCUGCGGCAAUUUGGAGUGUGAAGUUUGGUGGUAAAGUGUUUGUGGUUGGCGUUGGGAAGAAUGAGAUGACGAUUCCGUUCAUGCGGGUCAGCACUUUUGAAAUUGACCUGCAAUAUCAAUAUCGGUAUUGCAACACGUGGCCCCGGGCUAUACGGCUGGUGCGCAAUGGAGUGAUCGACUUGAAGAAGCUAGUUACCCAUCGUUUUACUCUGGAGGAUGCUGUAAAGGCAUUUCAAACAGCUGCGGAUCCGAAAACGGGGGCUAUCAAGGUGCAAAUAAUGAGCUCUGAAGAGGAUGUUAAGGCUGCGAAUAUUGGCGCAUAA